AUAGCCCAGAGCGCCCCUCCUCGAAAUGCAGGUGAAGACAAUCAAUUCAAUUCUCUUUUAUUUUUCCCAGCCAAUAAACAUUAUCCAAAACAAAAUCUCCCCAAUUGGCCUGUUGAAACCACCUUUUCUGCUAAGUAGUUGGGAUUUCACGAUGAGGUGCAUCCUGUUUCACCCAGCACUGCUUCCUCUGCACACCCAGCUAAACCAAAGACAGCAGCUGCUGGGUACGCAUUCCACUAAACUUGCUGCUGCACCUGCACCACAUAGGCAGCAGCACCUGCUCUCGUUAAGAACCAGGGCCAUGCAAAACGCUGUUACUUUUCUCGGUGUCGGUCCCUCUGCCAAAUCCGGUGGAGACAUUUCUGUCCUCCUCCAAACUGGCGGGGUGCUUCUUUUGGUUUACUUGUUUUCCAACUUCGUUGUGCCGGUUCUCGUUUCGAAAUUUUUCGGGUUCGAUAAGGUGGGUGAAGAAGAUGAAGACGAUAACGACCUAUUUAACAGGUGAAGAUCAGCACAGGCCACAGCGGAAGGAAAAUGGUUCCAAGAAAAUGUCUGAGAUUUUCUUUUAUUGUAGUUGUUUUUUAUUCACUGUAGAAGUUCGUUUUGGGUUAAAGUUGGGAGGGUACAAAUAACAAAUAUGAUUUCUAAUGUGCUAACCUAUUAUUAUAUAACUUUAUGAUGAAUAAUACUUGCAGUUCAUUCUCAGUC